AUGUCUCCCCAUCUCGUUCAGGACGAGUACCUCAGCGCCGGCGCCAACAGACAUAGUGCGGCCGCCGAUUGGUCAACAAGCUCGGGGUUUCUUGCCUUUGGUGCGGACCAAAAUGUAGGCAUAUGGUCGCCGCUGAAUGACUCAGGCCACGGCAUCUCCGCCCUCCUGUCCGGCCAUACGGGGAAGGUCACAGCUGUGAGAUUUAUGAAUCCAGCUCAAGAUGGCCUUAAGGACCUGUUAAUCUCGGGCAGCGCAGACGGCGAGAUCGCUGUAUGGGACUACAGACCCGCAACCCAGGAAUGGAGGUGCUUGGUGAAGACAACUGCGCAUGAAGGCGCCGUCAACACCAUUGCCGCCUUAAAUCAGAGCAGGAUUCUUGCGACCGGGGGAGCCGAUGCAAAAGUGAGACUCUGGAAAAUCCAGGAGACAGAAAUUGAAGCCUUGGCUACUCUCUCCCUCAAACCAAAAUUCAUCCCGUUGGCUCUCGCCAUCAAUCCCUUUCCAUCCACAUCGUCUCCUGAGAAUGCUUACUUGGUCGCUGGCGGUACUCGGAACGAUAUCCAGGUGUACUCCAUCGACGGUCUAUCCUCGACCCCGCAAUUCCAUCAUCAUGCCACUCUCACUGGUCACGAAGCAUGGGUGCGGUCUCUGGCACUUACACAAGCUCCAGAUGGAGGGGCCCUGCUCGCCUCGGCUAGCCAGGACAAAUAUGUCCGUCUCUGGCGCUUUCAAUUGGGAGGCAGCAACGUCACAAGGCAACCCGCCGAACUGAAUGGAGUCUCUGCCGCAAACAGUACCUUGUCAGCAAAGGUUCAGACCGUGUCCGCUGGGGAGCAUAAAUAUUCUGUUACAUUCGAGGCAUUACUUCUCGGCCACGAGGACUGGAUCUAUUCCGCCGCAUGGAGCCCCAAUGGCUCCCAACUCCUUACCGCGUCGGCCGACGGAUCUCUGUCAGUAUGGGAGCCGGACCCGUCGUCUGGAAUAUGGAUCAGCAUGUCUCGUCUGGGAGAGAUCAGUGCGGCCAAGGGGGCUACCACCGCCACCGGUUCUGCCGGGGGUUUCUGGACAGGACUAUGGGGACCUAACAGCAAGACCGUCACUUGCCUCGGCCGUACGGGCAGCUGGCGACUGUGGCAGUACGACGAGGCCUCGCAGUUCUGGACACAAAGGUUCGGUAUCAGCGGCCAUACCAAAUCUGUCAACGGGAUCUGCUGGGCGCCGGACGGAAGCUACCUGCUGUCCACCGGUUCUGAUCAGACAACCAGGCUUCACGCAGAGUGGAAAAGGGGCGCAAAACGAAGCUGGCACGAAUUCUCACGACCUCAGAUCCACGGGUACGACCUCAACUGCAUCGCGAGCACGACACCACAUCAAUUCUCUUCUGGCGCGGACGAGAAGCUAUUACGCGUGUUCAACGAACCAAGGGAUAUAGCCAACAUGCUCCAUCGACUCUGCCAGACCACAUUGCCCCCGGAACUAGCCCAAAUGCCCGACACCGCAGCAAUCCCUGUGCUGGGCCUGUCGAACAAGGCUAUGGAGGACAGCGAGGAGACUGGCGAUGGCGCUGCGAACGAGACGUGGGACCCAACUGAUACAUCCAACGGUCUCGGGCUUUCGCUGCUUGACAUUCAAGAACCACCGACAGAGGACCUGCUGGCGCGCCACACCCUGUGGCCCGAGCACGAGAAGCUGUACGGUCACGGUUCAGAGAUCUCCGAAGCAGCGACAACUACGGACGGCAGCGUCCUGGCUACAGCGUGCAGGGCGAGCUCCCUCGAGCACGCGGUGAUCCGCCUGUACGACACACGGGACUGGAACGAGAUCAGACCGCCUCUGUCGGCGCACUCGCUCACCGUCACAAGGCUUGCAUUCUCCCCAGGGAGCUCAGAAUACCUGUUGAGUGUCGGACGAGACCGGCAGUGGGCAUUGUUUCGGCGAUCAAGCGAGAAUUCAAAGAGCUGGGCUCGUGUCGCCAUCAACGCCAAGGCGCAUUCGAGGAUGAUUCUCGACGCGACGUGGCUUCCCAGCACCACUGCAACUCCCAGCUUCGUCACUGCUGGGAGGGACAAACUCGUCAAGCUGUGGUCGCGAGAUAUCGGCAACGAGAAUGAGACCAGCUUCACGUUACGCGCGUCGAUCGCUCGAAAGGGCCCCGUCACCGCCGUUUCUGCCACGUCCAUCGUCGCCCCCGACGGAUUGCGUGGGGUUCUCGCAGUAGGCGAGGACGACGGCGCCAUCUCGCUCCACAUUCUCGAUAUGAAACCGGAUCUCCAGGUGUUGCAUACCGUAGAAGUCCCAAGAUCCUUCUGCCCGUCGAAGACUGUCAAUCGGCUCGCCUGGCGCCCGAGGAGAGACGACGACAGCAACGAUCAGAAUGAUGAAGGCUAUCAUCUAUUAGCGGCAGCCUCGGCGGACGGAUCAGUUCGGAUUCUGAGGAUCAACACUGCAGCCUUUGGCAAAUCAGACAUGUCACGUGGACCGGAUGGGUGCUCGUGA